CCCCCUGGCGCAGCGCUCUAGGCUGCGCGUGGGCAGACUCAGCCUCGCUUUCUACCUGCCCUUCAGUCUGUCUUCCUUUUUAUUUUUGUCUUUGUUUUACUGAACACUUCCAGAGCCCUUGCUGGGUAGGGAGAGGUAACAUCUACCUCGGACCUGAGCCAGCGACUGCAGGCAGGCCGGCCUCUGGGCUGCAUCCUCGUAGGAGUGACCUUGUCACCUCCCCGGCCUCGGUGCCCGCAGGCCGGAAACAGGGUUAGCAGCGGAGGGGACCAGGCGGCCGAGGUCGCAGGUUCCAGAGCUGGCGGCGUCACUGGGGCGAGUCCCGGGCAGAGGCCGGGCCUGGGGACCCGGAUCCGGCCGCCCCUUCCCCGCCGGGCCGAGUGGAGCCGGAGGCCAGGACGCCAGCGAGCCGAGCCGAGCAGCGCCGCUGCAGCAUGGCUCAGUGGAAUCAAGUCCAACAGUUAGAAAUCAAGUUCUUGGAGCAAGUAGAUCAAUUCUAUGAUGACAACUUUCCGAUGGAAAUCCGACAUCUGCUGGCCCAGUGGAUUGAAAAUCAAGACUGGGAGGCAGCUUCUAACAAUGAAACCAUGGCGACAAUUCUGCUUCAAAACUUGUUAAUACAACUGGAUGAACAAUUAGGUCGUGUUUCCAAGGAGAAAAACCUGCUCUUGAUACACAAUCUAAAAAGAAUUAGGAAAGUCCUUCAGGGGAAAUUUCAUGGAAAUCCAAUGCAUGUAGCUGUGGUUAUCUCCAAUUGUUUAAGGGAAGAGAGGAGAAUAUUGGCUACGGCCAACAUGCCUGUCCAGGGACCCUUGGAGAAAUCCUUACAGAGUUCUUCAGUUUCAGAAAGACAGAGGAAUGUGGAGCACAAAGUGGCUGCCAUUAAAAACAGCGUGCAGAUGACAGAACAAGACACCAAAUACUUAGAAGACCUGCAAGAUGAAUUUGACUACAGAUAUAAAACAAUUCAGACAAUGGAUCAGGGAGACAAGAAUAAUGCCCUGAUGAAUCAGGAAGUUUUGACGCUGCAAGAAAUGCUCAACAGCCUAGACUUCAAGAGAAAGGAGGCCCUCAGUAAGAUGGCACAGAUAGUGAAUGAGACAGACUUGCUGAUGGGCAGCAUGCUGCUAGAGGAGCUGCAGGACUGGAAGCGGCGGCAGCAAAUCGCCUGCAUCGGGGGUCCGCUCCACAAUGGGCUCGACCAGCUUCAGAACUGCUUUACCCUACUGGCAGAAAGUCUUUUCCAACUCAGAAGGCAGCUGGAGAAAUUGGAGGAGCAAUCUACCAAAAUGACAUAUGAUGGCGAUCCUGUACCCAUGCAAAGAACUCACCUGCUGGAAAGAGUCACCUUCUUGAUCUACAACCUUUUCAAGAACUCAUUUGUGGUUGAGCGACAGCCAUGUAUGCCCACCCACCCUCAGAGACCGAUGAUACUGAAAACCCUCAUUCAGUUCACAGUGAAGCUCAGACUGCUAAUAAAAUUGCCAGAAUUAAACUAUCAGGUGAAGGUUAAAGCAUCAAUUGACAAGAAUGUUUCAACUCUAAGCAAUCGAAGAUUUGUCCUUUGUGGAACACAUGUCAAAGCCAUGUCCAUUGAAGAAUCCUCCAAUGGAAGUCUCUCCGUAGAAUUUAGACAUUUGCAACCAAAAGAAAUGAAGUCCAGUGCUGGAAACAAAGGAAAUGAGGGCUCUCACGUGGUGACCGAAGAGCUUCACUCCAUAACCUUUGAGACACAGAUCUGCCUGUAUGGCCUGACCAUCGAUUUGGAGACCAGUUCAUUACCUGUGGUGAUGAUUUCCAAUGUCAGUCAGCUACCUAAUGCUUGGGCGUCCAUCAUUUGGUACAACGUGUCAACCAGUGAGUCCCAGAACUUGGUUUUCUUUAACAAUCCCCCACCUGCCACCCUGAGCCAGCUCUUGGAGGUCUUGAGCUGGCAGUUUUCUUCCUAUGUCGGCCGUGGCCUUAAUUCGGAUCAACUCAACAUGCUGGCAGAGAAGCUCACAGUGCAGUCUAGCUACAGUGAUGGACAACUCACCUGGUCCAAGUUCUGCAAGGAGCACUUACCUGGUAAAUCAUUUACCUUCUGGACAUGGCUUGAAGCAAUAUUGGAUCUAAUCAAAAAACACAUUCUUCCCCUUUGGAUUGAUGGGUACAUCAUGGGCUUUGUUAGCAAAGAAAAGGAGCGGCUGCUGCUGAAGGAUAAAAUGCCCGGGACAUUUUUACUAAGAUUCAGUGAGAGCCAUCUGGGAGGGAUAACCUUCACCUGGGUGGACCAAUCUGAGAAUGGAGAAGUGAGAUUCCACUCCGUGGAACCCUACAACAAAGGCAGGUUGUCUGCUCUGCCAUUCGCUGACAUCCUUCGAGACUACAAGGUCAUUAUGGCUGAGAACAUCCCCGAAAACCCUCUGAAGUACCUGUACCCUGACAUCCCCAAAGACAAGGCCUUCGGUAAACACUACAGCUCCCAGCCAUGCGAAGUUUCAAGACCAACAGAAAAGGGAGACAAAGGUUAUGUUCCUUCAGUCUUUAUCCCUGUUUCCACAAUCCGAAGUGAUUCUGCUGAGCCACAGUCGCCCUCCGACCUCCUCCCCAUGUCUCCAAGUGUAUAUGCAGUGCUGAGAGAAAACCUGAGUCCCACAACCAUCGAAACUGCCAUGAAGUCGCCGUAUCCUGCUGAGUGACCAGAUAAACUCUGCCAUUAAAAGACUGUUCUUUGCCAAAGACCACAUCUUGUUUCUUCAGCUUUGUAAAUACUGGUUUCCAGGAAAUGGAAGGAGUCUGGAGAGCCCCUCUUGCUGGCCUAAUGCCUGAAUGGGCAGAGUGGUGGCUGCAGGGCAGCAGAUCCAUCCACACACCUUUAAGAAACCAGUGUUAGUAACAAUAUAACAUUCACAAAAUACA